AUGGCGACUCAGACUCCGACUUCUAGCAUCGCUAUGGCCCUUGCCGGCAAGACGGCCUCCGUUGAUAUCCCCAAACCGCGUUUCGGUCACCCUUCCGGCGCCCACGCCCAGCGCACCCUCCAUCCUAACAUGCUCCCUACUCCUCCGAACUCCAUAUCUCCCACUCUUGCUCCCCACGGUUUUAAGCGGCACGACAUUAAUCUCCCAGCUUCGCCCCCUCUUGCGACGUCGCAACUUGACUCGGAUAUCGACCUCGGCGAUGCGGUUGACUCUGCGAACACGGGACACCGCAAUGCGACUGCCCACAGCCUCGAGGCUGCGGGUGCAAUCACACCGGGCAUGCUCGCCAAGUAUCAUCUCCCUGAGAUCUUGCUACAACAUGGCCCUCUGGCGAUUCGCCAUGUCAUGGGAUACUUGACGACCUCGGUACCUGGUUUUUCGGGAAUCCCUCCCGCAAAGGCCAGGAGACUAGUGGUCGCUGCGCUGGAAGGCCGAGGAGGCGACGAUAAGGGUAGCGACGCCAUUUUUGAAAAGGUUGGAUGGGGUCGCUGGGAUGCGCGUCGUCGUGGCGAGCCGUCGGGAGAAUUGCGCCGACACGAACUGUCGCCACCCUCGAGCGUCUCGGACAACUUUGCGCAACGCGGCAUGCAGAUACCGAGACGAGAAAGCUUCAAUCCGUACUACGGCUCUAGCGUUACUGGCGGCUCUGCUGUUUUCUCCUACACCGAGAUGGAGUUUGGCGGGCGCGAGGACAUGCUCGAGCACGAAGCGGACAAAAUGUCCCUUGAUGGCGUUGACCGCGACUACUGUUCUUCAUCUCCUGCUCCGGAGGAUGAUAUUCAAGACGAGGAUUGGGGCGAGGAAGACAUCACCGAUGAGGAGGACUGGGCACAGAUAGGUGCAGAUGCGCUACGCGCACGUUCCAUGAAUGGAGGAGGUGGAUUUGUGAACGGGAGACACCCGCCACAACUCCAUGGAGGAGGACCAGCCUCCUCGUCCCUCGCGAAAUCAGCACCACGCGGGGGUCCCAUUCAACAACUCGGCUUCUCGCUCCCCGAUAUUCAGGAGCGGGCUGCGGUCGAGGCUCUCUUACGACUUGGAUCUAUGUAA